AUGUCUCAACAACAACAAGAAUCCAUUGACCAAGAGCAAUACGCUCCCUAUGAAUAUGUCAACACUCCUGAAAACAACUCGUGGGCUGGCGCCCUCCCCAUGAAACAGGGCCUUUACGACCCAGAGUUUGAAAAGGAUGCCUGCGGUGUCGGCUUUUCCUGUCACAUCAAGGGACAAGUUUCCCACAAAAUCGUCUCUGACGCAAAAGACCUUCUCUGCAAAAUGACCCACCGUGGUGCUGUCGGUGCCGACGCCCGCGACGGUGAUGGUGCCGGUGUCAUGACCUCCAUCCCUCACAACUUUAUGGUUAAGCAAUUCGAAACUACAAAUGACUUUAAACUCCCCCCCAUUGGCCAGUAUGCCGUUGGUAACGUCUUCUUCAAGAAUGACGAACAGGUCUUGGCCCAGUCAAGAUCAACUUUUGAACACAUUGCCCAGUCCCUUGGCCUGAGGGUCCUUGGCUGGAGACACGUCCCAAGAGACUCUUCCAUUCUUGGUCCCGCAGCUCUCUCAAGAGAACCUCUCAUUCUUCAACCCAUUGUCGUUCUUGCCGACGCCUAUGGCCCAGGAAACUCUCCUCAACUCACCUCUGCAGAUGAGUUUGAAUCCAAAUUCGCACGCAGCUUUGAGCGACACCUUUACGUUCUCAGAAAACAAUCCACUCACACUAUUGGCCUGCACAAUUGGUUCUACAUUUGCUCUCUCUCAAAUAAAAACAUUGUCUACAAGGGUCAACUUGCCCCCGUCCAAGUCUACCAAUACUACUUUGAUUUGGCAAACGUCGACUACGAAGCUCACUUUGCUCUCGUUCACUCCCGUUUCUCUACAAACACAUUCCCCUCUUGGGACCGUGCCCAGCCCCUUAGAUGGGCAGCCCACAAUGGUGAAAUCAAUACUCUCCGCGGUAACAAGAAUUGGAUGCGUGCUAGAGAAGGUGUCAUGCAAUCUGACGUUUUUGGCGACGAACUCGACCUGCUUUACCCCAUUAUUGAGGAAGGUGGUUCCGAUUCUGCCGCCUUUGAUAACGUUCUCGAACUUCUCAUUAUGAAUGGUGUCCUUUCUCUCCCAGAAGCUGUCAUGAUGAUGGUCCCAGAGGCUUGGCAAAACAACCCAGACAUGAACCCCAAGAAGAAGGCCUUUUACGAAUGGGCUGCCUGUCUCAUGGAACCUUGGGAUGGUCCCGCUCUUUUCACUUUUGCCGAUGAUAGAUAUUGCGGUGCUACUCUCGAUCGUAACGGUCUCCGUCCAUGCCGUUACUACGUUACUGACGAUGAUAGAAUGAUUUGCGCUUCUGAAGUUGGUGUCAUGCACAUUGACCCUGAAACCGUCAUUCAAAAGGGCCGUCUCCGCCCUGGUCGCAUGCUUCUCGUUGACACUAAGGAGGGUAAGAUUGUCGACGACCGCGAGCUCAAGAGAAAGGUUGCUGCUAGAUUUGAUUUCAAGAGCUGGGCUUCUGCUAAUCUCAUCACCAUGCCUGACCUUAUUGAAAAGCUCCAUUCCCGUGAGGGCCCCGCUGCCUUGGAGGCUCUCAAGCCUAAACUUGACACUCUUUCGGUCCAAACUGACCCUAGACUUUUGGCCUUUGGCUACACUUUUGAGCAGAUUUCUCUUCUUCUCGCUCCCAUGGCUGGUGAUGGCAAGGAAGCCCUUGGUUCCAUGGGUAACGAUGCUCCCCUUGCAUGCUUGUCUCCUCAGCCCCGUCUUUUGUUUGAAUACUUUAGACAACUUUUUGCUCAAGUCACUAACCCUCCCAUUGACCCCAUUCGUGAGGCCAUUGUCAUGUCUCUUGAGUGCUACAUUGGCCCCCAGGGUAAUGUUCUUGAGAUGAAGCCAAACCAAAUGGAUCGUCUCCACAUGGCCACUCCUAUUCUUUCCAAUGAAGAAUUUUCUGCCCUUGACCACCUCCCCAAGUUUUACCCUGCUUGGACUAUUGCCAAAAUUGACAUUACUUUUGCUAAGACUGAAGGCAUUUCUGGUUACACUCGUGCUCUUGACCGCAUUGCUCAAGAAGCUUCUGAAGCAAUUACUAACCACAAUAAGAUUAUCAUCUUGACUGACCGCGCCGUCAAUGCUGACCGCGUUCCGGUCUCUGCUCUUUUGGCCACUGGUGCUGUCCACCACCACUUGGUUCGCCAAAAGCAACGUUCUAAGGUUGCUAUUGUUGUUGAGACUGGUGAGGCCCGCGAAGUCCACCACAUGUGUGUCUUGGUUGGUUAUGGCGCUGAUGCUAUUAACCCUUACUUGGCCAUUGAGACUUUGCUCAAGAUGAACCGUGAGGGCCUUCUUAAGGACAAGCUUUCUGAUAAGAAGAUUGUUGAGAACUACAAGCAUUCUAUUGAUGGUGGUAUUCUCAAGGUUAUGUCCAAGAUGGGUAUUUCCACCUUGGCUUCUUACAAGGGUGCCCAAAUCUUUGAAGCUCUUGGUAUUGACAAUUCUGUCGUUGACAAGUGCUUCACUGGUACUGCUUCUCGUAUCAAGGGUGUCACUUUUGACUACAUAGCCCAAGAUGCUUUCACCAUUCACGAGCGUGGUUUCCCCUCUCGUGAGACUAUCAAGCCUGAGGGUCUCCCUGAAUCUGGUGAAUACCACUACCGUGAUGGUGGUGAUGCUCACGUCAACACUCCUGUUGCCAUUGCCAACAUUCAGGAUGCUGUCCGCAACAAGAAUGAAAAGGCUUAUGAGACCUACUCUAAGAAUGAGUACGAAGCUAUCAAGAACUGUACUCUUCGUGGUAUGCUCGACUUUGAUUUUGAGGAUUCUACUCCUAUUCCCAUUGACCAGGUUGAGCCUUGGACUGAAAUUGUCCGCCGCUUUGUUACUGGUGCCAUGUCUUAUGGUUCCAUCUCUAUGGAAUCUCACUCUACUCUUGCUGUUGCCAUGAACAGACUUGGCGGUAAGUCCAACACUGGUGAAGGUGGUGAGGAUCCUGAACGUUCCAAUGUCAAUGAGAAUGGCGACACUAUGCGCUCUGCCAUUAAGCAAGUUGCUUCCGGUCGCUUUGGUGUUACUUCUUACUACCUCUCUGACUCUGAUGAACUUCAAAUUAAGAUGGCCCAGGGUGCCAAGCCUGGUGAGGGUGGUGAGCUUCCCGGUCACAAGGUUUCUCUUUCUAUUGCAAAGACUCGUCACUCUACUCCUGGCGUUGGUCUUAUUUCCCCUCCUCCUCAUCACGAUAUUUACUCCAUUGAGGACUUGAAGCAGCUCAUUUACGAUCUCAAGUGCUCCAACCCUCGUGCUCGUGUCUCUGUCAAGCUUGUUUCUGAGGUUGGUGUCGGUAUUAUUGCUUCUGGUGUCGCCAAGGCCAAGGCUGACCAUAUUUUGAUUUCUGGUCACGAUGGUGGUACUGGUGCUUCCAGAUGGACUGGUAUCAAGUAUGCUGGUCUUCCUUGGGAACUUGGUCUUGCUGAGACCCACCAGACUUUGGUUCUUAACGAUCUUCGUGGCCGUGUCAUUGUUCAGACUGAUGGUCAGAUCCGCACUGGUCGUGAUGUCGCCAUUGCCUGCUUGCUCGGUGCUGAAGAGUGGGGCUUUGCUACUACUCCUCUUAUUGCCAUGGGCUGCAUUAUGAUGCGCAAGUGCCAUCUCAAUACUUGCCCUGUUGGUAUUGCCACCCAGGAUCCUGAGCUUCGCAAGAAGUUCCAAGGUACUCCUGAACACGUUAUCAACUUCUUUUACUACAUUUCUAACGAGCUUCGUCAAAUUAUGGCCAAGCUUGGUUACAGAACUAUUAACGAAAUGGUUGGACACGCUGAGAAGCUCAAGGUUCGCGAGGACCUUCGCAACUCCAAGACUAUCAACUUGGAUCUUUCUCCCUUGUUGACUCCUGCUCACACUCUUCGUCCUGGCGUUGCCACCCGCAACAUUCGCAAGCAGGACCACAGACUUCACAUUCGUCUUGACAAUAAGCUUGUUGAUGAAGCUGAGGUUACCUUGGAAAAGGGUCUCCCCGUCAACAUUGAAGCUCAAAUUGUCAAUACUGAUCGUGCUCUUGGUACUACAUUGUCUUACCGCAUCUCCAAGAAGUUUGGUGAGGAGGGUCUUCCCAAUGACACUGUUCAUGUCAACAUUACUGGUUCUGCUGGUCAAUCUUUUGGUGCCUUUUUGGCUCCUGGUAUUACCUUGGAGCUUGAAGGUGAUGCCAAUGAUUACGUUGGUAAGGGUCUUUCUGGUGGCCGUAUCAUCAUCUAUCCUCCCACUGGCUCUUCUUUCAAGGCUGAAGAGAAUAUCAUUAUCGGUAACACUUGUUUGUAUGGUGCCACUUCUGGUACCUGCUUCUUCCGCGGUGUUGCUGCCGAGCGUUUUGCCGUCCGUAACUCUGGUGCUACCGCCGUUGUUGAGGGUGUCGGUGACCACGGUUGUGAGUACAUGACUGGUGGUCGUGUCGUUGUCCUUGGUCCUACUGGCCGUAACUUUGCUGCUGGUAUGUCUGGUGGUAUUGCCUACGUUUUGGACAUGGCCCAGGAGUUCUCCAACAAUGUCAAUGCUGAGAUGGUUGAGCUUACUUCCCUCACUGAUCCUGCCGAGAUUGCCUUUGUCCGUGGCUUGAUUGAGGAUCACCGUCACUACACCAAUUCCGAGCUUGCUGACCGCAUCCUUACUGACUUUAAUCGCAUCCUCCCCCGCUUUGUCAAGAUUUUCCCCACUGACUACAAGCGUGUUUUGGAAGAGCAGAAGAAGAAGCAGGAGGAGGCUAAGAAGGCUGAGAUUGUUGACUUUUUCCACAACCUCAAGGAGGACCCUGACGCUGAUAUUACCAAUGGUGAGAUUAAGCGUACUCGCACUCCUGCUCCUACUACUCCCGCAUUUUUGCCUUCCAAGGGUGCCAAGGAGCCCAAGGUGUUGGAUCUUGAAGACACCAUUUUGGACCACGUUGCCGAGAAGAAGAAGGCUCAAGUUCUUAAGCUUGAUAAGGUCAAGGGCUUUAAGCUUUACAAGCGCCGCAACGAGAAGUACAGACCUGCCACCGAUCGUACUAAGGACUGGGCCGAGAUUUCCAAUCGUCUUACCAAGGAGGAACUCAAGUACCAGACUGCCCGUUGCAUGGACUGUGGUGUUCCCUUCUGCCAGUCUGACACUGGUUGCCCCAUUUCCAACAUUAUCCCCAAGUGGAACGAGCUUGUUUUCAAGGACCGCUGGUAUGAUGCUUUGCAGCGUCUUCUCAUGACCAACAACUUCCCUGAGUUUACAGGUCGUGUUUGCCCUGCUCCUUGCGAGGGUGCCUGCGUCUUGGGCAUUAAUGAGGACCCUGUUGGUAUCAAGUCAGUCGAGGCUGCCAUUAUUGAUCACGGUUGGGCCCAGGGCUGGAUCACCCCCAACCCUCCCCAACACAGAACUGGCAAGUCCAUUGCUAUUGUUGGUUCUGGUCCUGCUGGUCUUUCUUGUGCUGACCAGCUUAACCGUGCUGGUCACUCGGUUACUGUUUACGAGCGUUCUGAUAGAAUUGGUGGUUUGCUCAUGUACGGUAUCCCUAACAUGAAGCUUGACAAGCGUGUUGUUGACAGACGUACUAAGCUCAUGGCUGAUGAGGGUGUUAAGUUCAUCACAAACAGUACCGUUGGUGAGGACGUCACUGUUGACGAGCUCAAGACCAAUAACGAUGCAGUUGUUAUGGCUUGCGGUUCUACCAUUGCCCGUGACUUGAAGAUUCCUGGUCGUGAGCUCAACAAUAUCUUCUUUGCCAUGCAACUUCUUAAGUGGAACACCAAGGCUCUUUUGGAGGACACUCUUGACGAGGUUAAGGAGCUUCUUCACGGUAAGAAUGUUGUUGUCAUUGGUGGUGGUGACACUGGUAAUGACUGUAUCGGUACCUCUGUUCGUCACGGUGCCAAGUCUGUUGUCAACUUUGAGCUUUUGCCCAAGCCUGCUCCUACUCGUGGCAAGGACAACCCAUGGCCCCAAUGGCCCCGUAUUUUCCGUGUGGACUAUGGCCACACUGAAGUUGCUGCCCACUACGGUCAAGAUCCUCGUGAAUACUGCAUUCUUUCCAAGGAGUUUGUUGGUGAUGAAGAGGGUAAUGUCAAGGGCAUCAAGACUGUCCGUGUUGAAUGGAAGAAGUCUGAGUCUGGCGCUUGGCAAAUGUCGGAAGUUCCCAACUCUGAGGAGUUCUUCCCUGCCGACGUUGUUUUGUUGUCUAUGGGCUUUGUUGGCCCUGAGGCUCAGAACCUUGGUGUUGAGCGUGAUGGACGUGGAAAUAUCAAGGUUGCUAAGCCCAGCGGUUACCAGAUUGAAGGUAACUUGUACGCUGCUGGUGACUGUCGUCGCGGUCAGUCACUCAUUGUCUGGGGUAUUCAGGAGGGUCGCCAGUGCGCUCGUGAGAUUGACAUUAAUCUCAUGGGCUCCACCAGACUCCCUGGAAGUGGCUCCAUUGAGCAGCGUGACUUUAAUGUCAAGACCAAAUAA